AUGAUUCAGACAAGCGUGCAGCAGCUAACAGAAUCAGAAAUUCGUCUACGACUCAUAUUUGAUCUGCCAGUUACAUAUCCAUCCACCCUACCAAAUGUAUCUGUCAGCUCGGAAGAACUUACCAGGGUGCAGUGUAAGGAGCUCAGAGACAAAUUACUUGACCAAGCUGGCCAGCAUCUCUCAGAACCGAUGAUACAUGACUUGGUCCUGUGGGCACAACAGAAUCUUAACACUCUAAUUGGGGAUUCCAUUUCGGAUGAAAACCACCCUCUGUCAGCAGGCACCGUGACUGACGAGGGAACCUGGACAAUGCUUUUACAUUUAGAUCACAUGAGAGCAAAGGACAGAUAUAUCAGGACAGUAGAAAAAUGGACUGCUGAUUUAAACUUGACUGGAAAACUGAUGUUCAUGGGCAAAAUAAUUCUAAUUCUCUUGCAAGGAGACAGGAGUAGUAUUCGGGAGUACUUGGUCCUCCAGAAAAGCUGCAAAGUGGAUGUGGACUCCAGUGGAAAGAAAUGUAAAGAGAAAAUGAUCAGUGUUUUAUGUGAAGUUAAAUUGUCACAGGAGCAAAAUAGACUUUCUACAUUUGAAGUAAAGGUAUAUCCAUCGGUUGAUGAUUUAGAAAGAGAAUUUGAAGCAGCUGGACUCUCAACUGUUUUCACAGAUUAUGUGCAAGGCUUAUUAUGA